AUGGUCAAUUAUUUAGCAACUAGUUAAGAAAAGUAGGAAUUAUUGACAUAAUUUUAAGCAUUAGAUUUAAAUGGUGAUGGUAGAUUAAGUAGGGAAGAACUAAUUAUAGGUAUAUUUUAUAUAUAUAAAUAGGUUAUUCAAAAGUAAUGAGUUAUUCUGAUGCUGAAAUAGAAGUUGAUAAAUUAAUGAAAUAAAUUGAUUAAGAUGGAAAUGGUAGUAUUGAUUAUUCUGGUAUUUAAUGAUUAUUUUUAUAAUUUAUAGAAUUUGUUUUGGCUACUUUUAAUAAGGUAAAAUUAAUAGAGGAUAAAAGAUUGGAAUAAGCAUUUAAAUUAUUUGAUAAAGAUGGAAGUGGUACAAUAUCUAUUGAUGAAAUAAAAUAAAUAUUUGGUUAAAAUUCUUAGGUAUCAGAAAAAGUAUGGAAAGAUCUUAUAUAAGAAGUUGAUUAAAAUGGAGAUGGAUAAGUAAAUUGUAUUUUAAUUAGAUCGAAUUUAAAGAAUUCAAAGAAAUAAUUGUUAAAGCUAUUUAAAAUACUAAUGAAACUGAUGAUAUCAAGAAAUGA